AAAGGUAAUUGUCUUUUAUUUUGAAAUUUAUAUAGUGAAAUGGUUGACUUCCGGUUUUAAGCUACGCGCAUUUCCUCUUCUUUUGGAAGCGCGCGCGCCCUAGCUAGCGCAGUUUUUACAGUGUACAGCUUGUUAGCCCAAAUAUGACAGUAACUUGACACGGAGCAGUGAUGAACGUUAAAUUCAUAUUUGCAGCCCCUCCAAGGAGGCAAAAGAUCUUGUCUGGAGAAGCUUAUCUGGUCCACAGCAAGAGGAUUUACUCUAAUUCUGACCAGUAUGUAGCCGCACUCUACAAGGUAGUGGGCACCUUCUUGUUUGGAGCAGCUGUUAGCCAGUCGCUGACCGACUACUCUGUUCACUCCUCUUUUGGAAUGUACUGCAUGCUCUUCCUAGCGCUUCAUCCAAAACUUUGUAGGGAAGGUACAUCGCAAAAAAACUGGUCUGUGCACCCUCCAGCGUCUCUGCACCCUCCAGGGCUUCCGAAGCCUCCAUCGUCUGUGCACCCUCCAGUAUCUGUGCACCCUCCAAUGUCUCUGCACCCUCCAGGGCUUCCGCAGCCUCCAUCGACUGUGCACCCUCCAGUGUCUCUGCACCCUCCAGGGCUUCCGCAGCCUCCCUAGUCUGUGCACCCUCCAGCGUCUGUGCACCCUCCAGUGUCUGUUAGUUAUUAUUAUUCAGUUCAGAAAGUUAUAAAAUAUUGUGCAAAAUAACACAUAGCUACAAGUGAGUGGGCAAAUACAUAUAAAAACCCCAUAUGCCGCAGAGCCAGAAAAUAAUGGCAUCUUGGCUUUGAAUUUUUAACUAAACUAUAAACAUUCACCAAACAUCACAAAUUGAAAUCUAAUGUUGUAGGAGCAUCAGUGUGUAUUUUUCCUUGAAAAGGUGUCCAAGCUGAGUAACCUGGGAAUUGUUUGUACCUGUAUAGGGACAGCAUUAUCAAUGUGAUGUAAAAAUAGAUUUAAUUCUGUUCUCUGAAGCUAUUUGGUUACAUUUACUUCAUUUACAUAUACAUAUACAUAUAACAUAUACAUUUAUUUGACUAAAUACCCUUCUGCUUGUCUGCAUAAUUUUUAUAACAUAGCAGGAAGAGUACAAUUGUCAUACAUUGUAAAUAUUGACAAUAUUGACUUUGGCAAUUUGUACACAUUCAUUAUGUGCAGUGAAUUUAUUGUUAUAGCCCACAUGUAGGUAAAAAGCCAGUACAUUCGAUGAUUGGGCUAGUAAUGGAGAUGUAGUUGAUUUCCUGUUUUAUUUUGAAAUACUCUCCUUCCCUCAUGUGUCUGGUAGUUUUGCUUCCUGUUGUUGAUUGCUGUGAUUGUUUUCACCAUUGUCAAUUAGUUUCACCUGUGUUUUGUUGUCGUCCCUCGCUGAGUGUAUUUAAGUCUGUGUCUUUCCUUUGUUCAGUGUCAGAUUGUCCUUGUACCUUGUGCUGAGUGGUUCAGCACUUUCCUUGUGUUUUGGACUACUGCGUUUGGAUUUUACCUGUUUCCUCAUGGACUCAUUUUCCUGUUCGGACUUCUCUACUUGCUUUUUUUUAUUAUCUCUGACUACCCAUGUUACCAUUGUCCAUUAAUUUAUUUAUUUUGGGUCCUAUGCAUGCUUUGCUGCUCGACACACCAUAACACUCUGAGACGGAAACUCAGAGUUUUUGGUUCCAGAACAGCUGAUAGUCAGUUUAAUUAACUCUGAUCAAAUCAAUCAAUGUGUCUCUGAUAUUACGGUUCAUCAUGGUAACAGGUAAAUAAACUGUGCCUGUUUCUUUAAGCAAAGAGCCUGAGUCAGAGCGGGGAGCAGUGUCAAUAAGUUAACAAAGUUUUAUUCAGUGUUGUCCAUUAAUUCAUCAUUUACAUCAUCAAUGACUUACAUUUCCUUAAUGGAUGAUAAAGUGGUGGAAUCUGACUAUUAGGCUGCAGCCUAUAUUACAUCUUAAAUAUAUGUUCAGCUUUAAUAUGACAAAACACAGGGGCCAGCAACUGAAGAUGAAAUAUACAAUGAUCAAAGACAUAGAGAUUAUAAGAUCACAACCUGAUCCAGUAAUGUGUUUGGUGGUUUACACUUGAAAAAGUGUCGAGGUUAAAAUACAGUAAAUGGUAGACAUCUAUUUUACAUCAACAGCAUUCAGAGAUUUAUUUCAGCUACUUAAACAAAUGUAAAUUAAACAGUCACUGAAAUGUUGUGAAAACAUGUUCAUACUACACACAGCCAAUUUAUAAAAAACAAAACGCUCUCUAACUACAUUCUACAGCUGCACCACGAUCAUGCUCACUCAGAAAUAUUAACAUAAAAUCUCCAAUAUUAUAAGAAUGAUGUUCCAUCAAUGGGACCAAUCACAUCAUGAGUGAUAGAUAAUUAUUCCUAGUUUUCCUACAUGUCUAAACUUUAAUACCAGUUUUUUUGUUUUUCAAUUUAAACUGAGAUUACACUAUGUGCAGUAAAGAUUUUGGUGGAACUGCUCUAACAAAUUGACAGGUGUCCUGUGUGCACAGUCAGUGUUAUAAAAACAGAAGGACAUGUAGAGGUUUUAUUCUGAGCUGAGGGUGACUUGAUGUUGUGUAAUACUUGAAUGUGAGGGCAAAAAACGCUGUUCUAAGAAAUGACUGACAGCGCAUAAAAGCGGUAACUAGAGAACAAACUAACCAGGAUUUUGAUUGUGACAGUAAUCCUCUGCUAAUUAAUGUGCUUCUAUAUGCACUUUGAUAUGGACUGAAUCAAUGAGGAAAUGAAACAGUGCGUCUGGCUCUGUAAGAGGGAGGAGACAGAGAAACUCAGUGUUUGUUGAAGAAAACCUGCCAGCGAGCAGGUUGGGUUCAGUUAGUUACCAUGGUAACUGAGUCAAAGUUUGAGCUCUUUCUAGAACUAAAAGAACUUGAUGAAUAAUUACCACCACUACACAAAUAAAUGUUUUAAAAAUAUAUCAAUUUAGUGUUGUGAAACUAGUUGCAGAACCUUUUUUUUUCAUGUUUUUUUUUUUUUUUUUUUUAAAUCAGGUUGUGAUCUGUCAAAUAGUUCUACUCUUCAUUCUUUAUGCAAUUAUGCAAAUUCUGCGUUUGAAAUGCUCAUUGAACAUGUUUGGCUUUAGCUAGGUCAGGUUUGGUUAUCAGCAAAAUAUCACAUUUUUGAAUAUUAAUAAAUUUAAAUAUUGAAAUUAUAAACAUUAAAAGCUGUGUGGGUUAGUGGAGAAAGAAAAGGUAAAACACAAUAGCUAUCCCUUAUGACACAGGAACCUGGCAGCGAACUUUCAUUCAACAGCCGUGUUACUGAACUUGGGUCUGAUGAAGCACAGUUAUUGGCUUCCACAAUGGCUACAAAACUAACAGCUAAAUGGUCCAGUGACGUGGUACCAAUACACAAUGGAGCGUGUUAAGCAUGAAAACACAAAGCAGAAAUGGGACACGGCAGUCUGUUACUUUCCACAAUAAUGCAAAACACAAUUCACAACAAAUUAAACUUAGAUGGAAUAAAAACAGUUAUAAAAUCUAUCUCUCUAGCUCUCUAUCGCUCUUGAUAACGUUUUAAUGCGUCAGUCCGUUGGGAUUAUCUGUCGAAGUCCCCUCAGGCUCAGAUGCUGACGUGGCUGGGGUCCGCUGUGUCGGCGGUUUCAAUGGCGAAACUGUUCCUUCGAGUGGCAGUGGAGUGAAGCAGCAGUUGACUUUAGUGGGGUUCAGCGGUUAUCGUCUCUAUGAAGAAAAACAGUAAAAACAAAAGUUUGUUGCUGGUCCAGCGUCCAAGACUUCACCUAGGGAGUUAAAGUUCACGUGAUGUGUCCCCUGAAGCAACCGAAGUUACAGUGGAAAGACAGGGUUUUACCGGUGUGCUGUGAGAUUAUAGGCAUGAUGACGUCAUCGGGGGUUCCUGCGUUCCGGUGAUGGCUUGUCCAGUAGGAAUCCAGGGUUUGGAUUCAAGCUUAAAUCUUACACACAGGUGUGACUUAACCGACCUGAGGGGAUUUGGCGCUAUUUCUACUAGUUCAGGCUUUUUGUUCAC